ACCAGAUUGAAAGUGGCAGUUUCAAUUUAUCUCUGUGGUCUGAAGCCAUGUUGACAUCCAGAAAUAAUAUUAUUCUUGUCAAAGAAUGUAAUUAGUUUUGAAAGGAACACAUUUUCAAUAAUUUUCGAAAACCCUGACAAUAGAGACACCGGCCUAUAGUUACCCAUACAUUGAUGAUCACCUUUUUUAUAUAGGGGUAUUACUUUUGCCAUUUUCAGUUGCUGAGGGAAGACACCACAUGAUAAGGACGAAUUGCAUAUGUCCAAUAAAGGUGAAAGUAUUUGUCUUGCUGUUAUUUUUAUAAUAUAAUCUGGAAUAUCAUCAAUACCAAUUGAAUACUUACUCUUCAGUGAAUUAAUGGUAUUUAGGAGCUCUGUUGGGCUUACUAGACUGAGGAACAUGGAUAUAUUGUUUAUUUCAGUAGAUGAAAGUUCUUUCCAUAUUGUAUUAGGUGGAUUUCCAAAUUUUUCCUUCACUAGUUUCCCAGCAACAGUUGCAUAGUAAGAAUUGAAACUAUUUGCCACUUCCCUAGGGUCAGUGACAUUCUUGCCAUCAUGUGAUAUCACAAUAUUUUUGUGAGUUGUCUUCUUCCCAGUAAGAUCCUGCACAGCUUUCCACAUGGACUUAGUUUUAUUGGAUGACUUCAUAAUAUAUUUGUCAUUUUCCUUAAUUUUUGACUCCAUUAUGAUGCAUUUCAAAACUAGCUUGGAUUUUUUUAAAUAAUUAAUAAAUUCUGGACUGCUGUUAGUUUUUGACUGCAGAAAAAGUUCCCGCUUCCGUUUAUAAGAUACUCUGAUGCCUGGUGUAAUCCAGUUUCUGAAUCUAUCUGUGCUCUUGGAAAGAACUUUCCUGUGUGGAAAAGCUAUGUCAAAAUUAUGCUUGAAAAUGUUCAAAAAAUGAUCCAUCUUUUCGUUAGUAUUGUCUGUGUCGUGUACUUCUCUCCAAGAUUGUUCACUGAUUAGGUACUGGAAGCAUUCUAUAUUUUUCCCACUAUAAAUCCUUUUAUGGAUAACAUUUUCUAUACUGGUUGAAAUGUGAUUUACAGGUAUGAUCAGUAAUUGCGAAAGGUGGUCACUAUAGCCGGUAUCAAAGUUUUCUUAUGUACACUUGUCUGUGUUUACACAUACCUGAUCAAGGAGAGUGACACUAGUUUUAGUUACAUGUGUUGGAGAGCUAACAGUAAGACAAAGAUUGUAGGCUUUUAUAAUAUUUAAAAACGUUUCCCUGUGAGGGCUAUGGCUCAGAAAUUCAAUAUUAAAAUCACCAUAUAGUACCACUGUUUUCCCAGUUGUCUUAAGUUUGCCUAAAGCAAGGUCCAAUUUUUUUGAAAAAAGCACUUAUGUUGCUAACAGGAGAUCUAUACAUACAUAAAAUAAUAGUAUUUUCAGACAUUAAUUCUACAGCUGAGAUUUCAAAGUCUCUUUCACAACCAAGUUUGCAAACAGAUGUUAUACUCUUAUAAUCUACAUUUUCUUUUACAUGUAUACAGGUUCCCCCAUGUUUUGAUUCCAUUUUACAAAAGCAGUUUGCAAGGUUAAAAUGUAAUAUUUUUAAGUACUGAAAAUACUCAUUUUGUAACCAAUGCACACAAAAACAUAACACUGAAACACCUUUCCAUUCACUAUUGAGGAGUAUAUUUCUUUCAUUAACUUUGUUUGUUAAUGACUGUACAUUUUGGUGUACAAUCUUCAGUCUAUAUCUGCAAUUUAAUACUGCAUCACAUUUUUUUGUGAUACUGUCUACUUCCCUAAAAAUGUCUUUCACCCUUUUUAUAAGACAUCGCAUCUUUCUUUAUGACCCAUUUGUCCAAAGUACUUUGGACUGCUUCUAUAUUAGUCCUAUUGUGAUUCCAAUUUGUAGACGAGAGACUUCUUCAAUCAAAAAUUGUUUCCCACUGUGAUUUAAAUGAAGGCCAUGGCUGGUGUGCAUGGACCUGUCUAACGUGCUUACAUUUAUUAAGUUCACAUACAGAAACUUUUUGCAUAAAAUAUCUAUCUCUUUGUUUACUCUUUCCAUUAAUUUAUUUACACAUGAUCAAGGCGGAAGGUCGUAUCUGUGUGGUUGAUUUACAACAGCUACAUUUGUGUUGCCUAAUUUGGGUAGCACACUUUCAAGAACAGUGAUGAGUUCACUACCUUUAUCUCUGGCAACAUCAUUCGCACAUGCAAAAAUUACGACACAGUCUUUUUGGUUAAGGUUUUAACACGAUUUUACUACUGUUUUUGUCACUUCUGCAAUGUCUGCUCCUGGUUUGACAAAGGCUUGGACACUUGCGUUAGUUUGUGUAUCUGCAACCUUUUCUGCUAUCUGGCGUCCAUGAUUAUCGGCAAAAAUCAACACUUUUUGUUCUGUUUGCACACCUGAGGCCAGCCGACUGAUUUUUUAAUCACAUUUCUUUGUUUAGGAUGCGACCUGCGCGAAAAAAUUACAGUGCACGGCUGUUGUUGUUUAUAAUUAUUAUCUGGACUCAUAUGUUCCUGAUUGACAUUGUUUGUGGAAUCACGUUUGCCAUUAUAACUGUUUGAUGCACUUACUUUAUUAUUUCCAAGUUUUGUAUUGGUUUCAACAGUAGUUCUUCCUUUGAUUACAUCACUCGUAGCCGAUAUUUCUUCCAGGUUCAGACGAUGCUCUGUUUGUUGAGUUUUACAGCCAAGAUGUUGCAGCUCUUUCUCCAGUUAGGCUACAGUCAUUUUAAGUUCACUGAUUUCACUGUUUUUUGCACUUAAAACGAGACGAAAAUCAUCGCAAUGUUUACAUGUCGAUGUCACUGAAUUUGCAUUUGCUGCGGUUUUUUCACUAGAUUUUGAUCUUGUAAUGAUUUCGUUUGCGUUUUUUACUUUAACUUCGCAGCAGUAACAGUUUCCAGGUCGAACAACGAUACUUUUUUUUUGUACUGAAUACAUAGAGACUCAUUCUUUUUUACGUUUUUCGAGGAACUCGAUUUUCGUGAACCUUUUUUCACCGCCAUCUUAACUGAACAAAGCAGUCGAUACCAUAUAAAUUACGUUACAGGCGACUCUCGGAGGAAAUCGAAAAUUCACAAACAGUAGCCUCACAUUGGUUAAGGCAAAAUUGGUAUAAUGAAGAGAUGGUGCAUAGCUUCAUCGUCGCACUUCUCUUGCGACACACAUUUCUUAACUUAACGGUAUAUUCGACUCGUAAUACCAUGCAGGCUAUUGCGAAACUGACAUAUCUUCUAGCACGUUGUUUUCCAUCGCAGGAGAGUGACUACGUGUGUUGACAUACAAAUGUGACCAGUAAGCAUGGUCCGUACGUCAAUUAUUUUAAGUUUGUCACAGUAAAAGUGACGUACCACAAGUGCAGUACAUUAUACGAUUUCCUACUUUCAUAAGCUAUAAGUGUACCAAUUUUAUAGGAAUGACAGUUUUGACAAAUGUCACAAGAUAUUUUGAAAAUGCAAUUGUUGAAUACAUAGAUGUCCACUUUACGUUGUGGUUGACAUGGCUUUUAGCGCCGCUUCUGCUUACCUUCAUGUUGCCUCUAGUCAUAUUUUUAAUGUUCUAUAUGAAUGCCGUUAUACUCUACAUUUACAAGCUACAUAGGGAACGCCUUCGACAUGCAUACGAGACAGACUUCUGGGAUGGUGCUCGGAAAACAAUUGCUGCCUUAUGGGACGCCCAUGGCUGGCUUUGGCAUGGUUAUGAAGUCAAUGGAAUGGAUAACAUCCCAGAUGAAUCACCUGCCUUAAUUGUUUACUAUCAUGGUGCUAUUCCUGUUGACUUGUAUUAUUUUAUAUCGAAGGCCUACCUUUUUAAGAAUCGUCUUAUACAUACAGUUGCAGACAGGUUCCUCUUCAAAAUACCAGGUUGGACAAUUGUAUCUGAGGUGCUGGGAGUCAUACCUGGCACAGUGCACACAUGUGCUAAUAUACUGAAGGAAAAUAACCUGCUUGCUAUUUCACCAGGUGGUGUGUAUGAAGCACAGUUUGGAGAUUCAUACUACAGACUAAUGUGGAAGAAAAGACUCGGUUUUGCAAAAGUUGCACUUGAAGCCAAAGCGCCAGUUAUCCCAAUGUUCACACAGAACUUGAGGGAAGCAUUUCGCAGUAUUGGUCUUGGUGGUCGUCUUUGGUUGAGACUGUACAACAUCACGAGGUUCCCUCUUGUUCCCAUAUAUGGGGGAUUUCCUGUUAAGCUUAAAACCCACAUUGGUAAACCAAUACCGUAUGAUGGCAGCCUCACACCAGAACAACUGCAGGCUAAGAUAGCUUCUGCUUUGGAAGAUCUUAUCCGGAAACACCAGCGAACACCUGGAAGUAUUUUAAGGGCACUAAAGGAACGAGUUUAUGAAAUACCUAAAGAAAAAGAAACAUAAUACCUUUUCUUUUCUAUUUGCAGUGGAUUAGUGACAGAUUUUGAACAACGAUGAAGUAUUAUAUCUACUUACUGCCAUUUAUAAAUGAGAAAAAAAUGAGGAGAAAGAGGCAACUCUUCAUUGGUGGUGUUUUUAUGAAUUAUAAUUAAUUCUCAUUGUGGUGUGUUAUUUUCACACUAACUCAUGCAUUAGAAAUAUAUAAAAGAGCGUGAUCUUAGUUUGAUGUGUGUGGAAACUUUGUGCUUGAUUUAAUUUAUAUUAUUUUUGGAACUGGUGUAAGCUGGUCUUACAUGUCUUGUUUUAUCAUAAAGAAAGGAUGAUCAUUGAGUUUUUCUAUCAGGUGAUGAAUGUUUACAUUUUAGCACUUUUUCCCCUCUCUUUGUGUCAGUGGUGUAGAUUUUUCAUGAGCUUGAUUUAUGGAACAUUAUAUUCUUCUAUGUGUAAUACAUGCUUCGGAAACAGUAUUUUGCUUCAUCAUUGAUGUAACAAAAAUACAAGAAAUGCAUAGCUAUGCAUCUUAAAACGAAGAAGCAAAGCUCCUGCUUUUCAUUUAUACAUGUUCUUAUAAUUUAUUUUCUGGUCUAAAGCAAUUGUCUCUUGAAGUAUUCACACAACAAAAAGUAAUUUCGUGAUGUAUUCAUGAUGAAGCUAACAUCAAAUUGAUUUUGGUGAUUAGUAAUACAAAUUACAAUUAUAUUGUCUAAUAAAUGGUUCAUUAAUACUGAUUAAAAAUUAAUUGGUGAAUAGCCUUUUGUCCUUGAAGUAUUGGAAUCAAAUGAGAUUCUCAUGUCCAAAAUUCAUUUAAAAAAUGUGUAAAAAGAGCCUGUAGGUGUCUGAAACAGUGUACGUUCAAGAGUGGCAUAAACAAUGAAAAUGAAAUCUUAAAUUGUGAAAAGUGAUAUUACAGUCUGGAACGUCAUGACAAAAAAUUAAGAUAGAGAAAUGAGACUCUCGUGUAUACUCUAUUUUGCAUGAUUACAUCCAGCAGUAAGCUGUUGAAAUUACUAUGAAAAAUUACUCAGUAGUAGAAAUACGUGUUAACAAAGAAAACAGAAUGAGGAGGAAGGAAACAUGUACACAUUUUUUUUCUGUUAUUGGAGUUCCCAAUACUUUUCCUCCUGCUUUGUCACCAGCACCAGUGUGUGGACUGAAUUUCACAACAUAGCCAUCAGAUGCUGCAAGGCACCAUAACUUGUAUCCGUGACGAAUAGGUUCUCCCCUUAUGAAUUGUUUCAUCCUGUUAUGUCCCCAGUAGGACUCCCUGGCUUCAUCUAAAGAGAAAACCGCCCUGUUGGCUGAACAUGUUGCAGAAAUAUGGUGUUGAGGAUCAAUUUUAUACUUUUUAUUACUUGGAUCUAUAGUUGUGUUAUCUUUGGAAAUGCAGAAAGUGAUGGAUUUUUUUCAAACCUGUUUCAACUGAGUGAAUUACUUACAAGACAGUUGUAAAUAUCUGCCCUUGUUUCCCAAUACAUUCAUCUAAAAGGGGCUGUAUUGUAAUUUGCAAGAAUAAGAAUGCCAAAAUAUUUAUGUAAUUCAUCAGAACGGGAGAACUUUGAUAGUCUAAACAUCCUUUCUGAGUAUGAUAUUUGACUCUCUCUUUACAGAUGUACUCCAUAAAUUCUUCAUUAAAAACUACUUUGAACAUGUCUGUAGGCAUCUUACGAAACUGCUUCAUUUCAGCUGCAAGAAAAGGCAUUUAUGUGAAAUCUACUUGACUGCCAACAUUCAUAGUAUUCAGUUUCUUUGAUUGCUCUGGUGGUGUGUUGUUAUCUCCAUUGUUCCUGUCUGUCACAGGCUGCUCAGAAACAUCAUUCCUGUUUCCUUCUGCAAUGGCUUGCAUUUCCAUUUGCUGCAAAAGGUCUGCUGUACCAAUGUCACUGAAACUAAUGUGUCUUUCAUCACUAGGAGCAUCAUUACAUUCAGAAUCAUUUCCAUCAUGUGGUGGAAGGAGGAUUAAAUCCAGCUCAACUGCUCAUUCUAUUCCACCUCUGACAUUAUUUUCAUCACUGAGGCUCUCAAGCAUUUUUAGAAUCUCUAAUGCAUUGUGAGGAUCGUCUGGAUUAUAAUAGUGUUCAUUUUACAUACCGAUAAAGUAUACUACAUAAGAAUUUUGCAAAAUGACCUCUGCAAGCAAUUGCAUCAAAUAUUGUACUCCAAAAAGUAAAAAAAAAAAAGGAAUGUUAACUGAGUUAGGUAUAAAGGUAGCGACAGUUAUCAUACAAAAAUGUAUUAUUGUAUUACUGAAACCUAGAAAAAGCUUUUAUAACCAGAAACAACAUAGCGCUCAAUUGGUACUGUGAGUAAUACUAAAACAAGAACAAGCCAAACAUUAGUAUUAAUAUAAGCAACUUCAGUAUAGGAUAAAAUUCUUACCUAUUACACAUUAUUUUGCCAGUUCACAGUAAUACUAAGAGGAAAUGACUUACUGUGCCAUUAUGGUAUUUUUGUUUCACUGGGAAUACCAUUGUUAUGGAGCAGCAUCUGCAGAAUGUCUACAAAAACAAUUGUAAGCAGUCUACACUGUUCUAUCUAGUGGUGACAGUAUAAAAUCAAAACAAAUGUGUAACAUAUGUUAAAACACAAUGUGGGUAUUAAUCAGUUAAUAAGCUUAGGAAACACUACAUGAUCAAGAUUAUGUACAUGGUUUCUUGUGCAGGCUCCCUAUUGUUUGUAUGAAUUCACCUGAAGUGAAUAGCGUAAUGAUUCCUUAUAUGUGGCGCUGACUUGAUUUCUUUCUCUGAAACAAGUCAGACAGACAUGAUCUGUUCUGUUUCCAUGUACUAGUGUGAACCAUUGUGAUCAGGUCCUGUGGACCAUGCACCUUCUUGGGUGAUUGCCCCCAGUGGUGUUUGGUCAUUGCUCAUGCUAUGACUCAACCAGCAGUUCAACCUACUGCAGAUCUUUUGAAAACCAUCCACCCACUAUGUUUGGGGUCUUGCCACAGAACUGGUUCCAGUCAUUUUGACAGUUAAUAUUAAUUUUGUUCACUGAAUUUUCUUGCUUCUAGCAAGCAAACAGUGCAUCCUGCUGACUGUAGACAUUGUAUUUUUGUUACAGCUCCAAUAUUUGGCUGAUUGUACAUUAUGUAGAGUUCAGCAUUGUAACAGAUUCUUCACUCUGUGUAUCAGCAACAGAUCCUACAGUUUAAAAAAGCACCUUUCUUUCAAACACUGACAGCUAUUGUUACUUGGUGCUUCAGGUAGUAAAUCCAUAUAGUGCAGCUUUGGAUACCUUUUUUAGAUGUUUAAUUUAAAAUGUGUUGACAGACUUUUGGAAAUGAUGAUGAAGGUCACAAUAUGCAGUGGUUGGCAGCUUGUGAUCUUGCCUCUGUUCCAAUUUGGCUGGAGUGUUCCUGUCUGAAUAUAGCACCUGAUAUUUGAAUUAUUGAAUGUGGGAGUAAGAUUUGCCUGCAGUUCAGAAAUGUACAAAUGCUUCCAAGGAUCCAUUUCUGACCAUAAUUUGCCUCCUAUAUUCUUUUUUGUAGUCUUAAUUUACUUGCACCUGAUUUCAGUGUCUGAGCCACUUCUACCUGUAGUUUUUUCCUUAAGUUAGAUAGUAACUGUAAGUCAUUGAUAUACUCAACCCACUUAAUGCUCUCAUUUCCUAUCUGAAUUCUUCUGAACUUUUUAGACAUUGUCUCUUUCAUAAUCAAGCACAAAGCAAAAAUGAAUAGUACAGGGGAAAGACUGUCAACCUGUUGUAACCCGAUCUUGAUUUUUGAAUCCUCUUGUCACCUAAUUUCACCAACUGAGAAGCUACUUGAUUGAGAAAUAGCAUCACUGAUCACAAAAACUCACAGUGGCCAGGAGAGCAGUGUGCUGACCACAUGCCCCACCAUAUCCAUAUCCAUAUCCAUAUCCACAUCCAUUGGGCCAUAAAGAUCUGUUUGGACAGUGCUUUCCUUUCCUUUCCUGUCUAAUUCACUAUCAUGAUUCUGACUAAAGUGUCAGCCAGGUGUACUUUAGUAAAGUUCAUACACUUUUUAUUGAAAUCAUGUCCCUCUAAACAUUUGAUUAUACUCUCUCAGUGGAUGCUAUCAUAUACUUUCUUGAAAAAAGUAUAUGUAAUUCCUAUGUUUUCUUCAUAAUGUGCCAUACAGCAAAGAUCUAGUCAGUUGUAUAUCUCCCUUUGUGAAAUCCACCAUGGUAUUCUUCUAUAAUUAUUGGGUCUAAGAGCUUAAUUCAAUCUAAAAAGCUCUUUGAGAAUAUUGUUGUUGUUGUUGUUGUCUUCAGUCCUGAGACUGGUUUGAUGCAGCUCUCCAUGCUAAUCCAUCCUUUGCAAGCUUCAUCUCCCAGUACUUACUGCAACCUACAUCCCUCUACGAUUUUUACCCUCCACGCUGCCCUCCAAUACUAAAUUGGUGAUCCCUUGAUGCCUCAGAACAUGUCCUACCAACUGAUCCCUUCUUCUAGUCAAGCUGUGCCACAAACUUCUCUUCUCCCCAAUCCUAUUCAAUACCUCCUCAUUAGUCACUUUGAGAAUAUUUUAUAAUAAAUAAUGAGCAAUGCAAUACUCCUUAGUAGUUUUGGUAUGACAGUGAACGGGGUCAAGCAGUUUUGCGGUCUUGUGAUAGCUAUUCAUACUUUAAGUGAUUAUUAACUUGUGGAUUCUCAAAAUUAUGUCUUCACCACAUUUAUGGAUGAUUUCUAAUUGAAUACCACUUGCUUAUUCAUAUCGUGUUUGAUUUCAUCUCUUCCACUGUUGAUGGUUCAUACUGAGAGUGCAUGGUGUGCUCGUUGUGAAAAGAAAACAGUGUUGUUGAGAAUGGGCAGUUCAGUAGAUUGCUGAAGCACUCCUUUCAUGUAUUUGCAAUCUGAGUCAUUUGUUGACACCUCUCGUUUAGUGUUUUUAUAUGAAUUUCUCGAUAGAUUUGUGAUUUGUCCUUAGAAAGGAUUUCUUUCUGUAAACAUCGUUGCUAACGUAUCUAAGAAAACUUCAUCUGCAUCAUGUAUUACACUUUGAAGAGAUUUUUCUUCUUUCUGCUUGGUGCAGAAUGUGUGUCUGUGUGCAUUUUCUCCAAAUGCUGAUUUGAAAAAUUGGCCACUGUUUUAUUUUUCAUUGACUUGCUUCCUAUUUCCAACUGCUUUCUCACAGUUUUGCUUAAACCACUCCUUUUUGUCACUACUUAUUGUUUGGUGACUGACUCUUCCCCAUAUAUGAAUACACUCUUAAUACCUUUACAUUGUUGUUCCGCAUCCUGCUCUUCUGCAUAAGUCAAUAUGACAAAACUGUUUUGAAUAUCAAUUGCAGAUCAUUUCUACUUCCUUCUUGGGUUUGUUUAACUACAUCAGAAUACUGCAGUUUCUUUAGAUCACUCCUCUUCACUGAUUUUAGAAAAGCUACUUUUCACUAAGAAAUGGUCAAAUCUGCUUUCAACUACACAUGAACUUCUGACAUUUGUUAUCUAGCUCUUAGCUUCAACUUUGUUUGCUAUGUGAUUUAUGUGUUUGGCAGUUUUUCCAUAUGAAGAUACCUAUGUGUCAUUAUACAUAUCUUUGUGGAGGUAUUUAGUGCUGCUCACAGAUAUGCCAUAUCAUGUAGGAAAAUUGACAAACCUUAUUCCAUUGUUAUUAAAAUGAUCACGAAGACUAUGAAAACUUAGACGACUGAAGUAAAACAUAGCCCUUUCACAACUUAGGCAUUAUAGUUGUCAAUGAGGAUUCUAAUGUUUGCUUUCAGGACGGCUUUCACAAUGUCUUCCAGUUCUACAUAGAAAGUAUCUUUCUUCUAGUGUGUUCUAUCCUAUGUAGGUGCCUGGCAGUCAACAAAAGUAAAAUGUGAUAUAGCAAAUCAAGUAAGAGUACAGAAAUUCCUGGAUUCGCUGUGCUGUAAAAUUUGUUUAGUUUGAUACACUGUCAUUUCUGACAUAAAAACCAGUUCCAAACAUAUGAUUAACGCCUUCUUCUAAAGCAUGGUGGAAUCUUCAACAAGUAAUGUCUCUGUUCCCUCCUGUCAAACUCCUUGUUUGCUAUCAUAGGAAUUGUUAGCCAUUCAGACUCCCCAGCAAUUGUUACUGCUGCUCCUGAUUUAAAUAGUUAUUGUACAUUCUAUAUUGUUAUUGGAAUGUUAAAUGCUAGCAAAGGUUAGAUGAAGUAGUUUUCUUUGUUAAUUGAGGGAUAUGGUAAAGUGUUGUGUUUCAGAUUUUAUAUGGGAAAGCUUUACAUUGAUUUACAUUUCUUUAACCAAGUGUGUCAUUGAAUUAUAUGUAUAAAGCUUCAUUGUUGUUUGCCAGAACAAGAAAGUUUUUGGUCUUUUAUUACUAACUAGUGUGGAUAACAUUCACUGUUCACAUUUUAUGUAAUUCAAUCAAAUGAUCAACUUCUAUUGAUACAGUAUCCUAAUAUAAUUUAUAUAAUUCAUGGAUGUUUUUUUGGGUUACUUCUCAUUUCAGUGAGAUUUAUUGUAUGUUAUUCCUCAUGAAUUUAUAUGAAAACAUUGAAAACAAGCUGAGAAAAAAAGGAAGUGUUCAUCAAAGUCUUUCAGAAUGGUGAGUCACACCUGGGAUGUAGAAAGUGAAGUACUUCAUGAAAUAGUGGGGGGGGGCUGUAAGUGUGAAGAGUAGUCACAUAAUAAAUCAUAGAACUAUGUAUGAGACCAUAAAUGCAGUACAGUCUAUGUAACCUUGUGUAAGACAGGCACACUGUUACAUGCUACUCAGUGGGUAAUCUUUGUGGUGAGCAGCAAUCUAUCCUUUUCCUGAUAUUGUUAAUAUUCCCACUUGAAGUUUUCAUUGUUUGAUUUAACCUUAUGGUAAAUGAUGGCUGAUCAUUAAAGUGACAUUGUUAUUACCAAACUACAUCAAGUAAUGAAAAGUGCCUUUACAUAUUCCCUUUUAUGCACCUCCCAACCUAGAUACAUAUUGUUUUAAUAUCGUUCUUUGUGUGUUAGAAUUUCCUCCAUAAGGACCAUCAUCAAUAAUUAUUUUCCCUGUAUCAAUUAGUCUGUUUGACUUUCUGAGUACAGAAGCAAUGGCACCUAGAUAUACAAAAAAUCUUUAAGUGGCGCACCUUGUAAAAGUGAGUCAGAAGUUUAGCUUGUAAAUAAAAUGGUACUUGUCUUGUGCUACAGUGGAUUAUUUUGAAACAAAAUAUGUUUUAUUUUUGCAUUUGAUAGUACAGCAAAUUCCAAGCCAUCAUGACAUUGAACAAAACAUUCUGCCAGUGACUAGCUUGAUAGUUAAUUAGUUACAUGUUCCAAAGUUCAUUUGAAUGAUUCUUUUACUAAAAUGAUGUAGAAUGAGUCUUUUAUUUAAAUGAUGUAGAACGAGUCAGUUUUAGUAUAUAUAUGAUUAGUGUUAACAUUAAUGAAUUCAUUUUUUGGUCUUGCUCAUGCAGUUAUACUUAAAAACUAGUUUUUUUACAUGCUACCAUUUGUUUAAGUAGAAAUUCAUCAAUGGAACAGAAGGAGCUGUCCAGGAGAAAUGAUUUUAGGUUAGGUUUGAAACCUUUUGCUUCCUGUCUGACAUUUCAUGAUGUGGAGCAAAUGAUUUGAAACUUUUGUUGUUGUUACAUAUUGAACUCCUUUCUGAGUUACGGACAGCUUUUAUCAUUGUUAAUAAAGGUCAUUUUUUCCUCUGGUGUUGUAGGUACAGACAUGAAUGUUCUUCUCAAAUUGUGAUGAAUUUCAUUAGAAGAUAUAACUUCUUAAAGAGAUCCCUAUGUGAUGACCCUGAGUGAACACCACAUAUUAUUCCAGUUGCUAACUUUUGUGGAAUCAGUGCUUUCUUUGUAAGUGAUAAGUUAGCCCAAUAAAUUAUUCCACUGGACAUUAUUGAAUGUAAAUGUGCAAAAUAUGUCAUAGGUUGGUUCAUAUGUUUCCAAGAUUAGCAAUUAUACACAGAGCAAAAGUAGCUGAACUUAGUUGUCUGAGAAGCUCUGUAAUGUGCUUCUUCCAGUUCAAGUUUUCAUCAGUAAGUAAACUAAAAAAAUUGGAUCAUUUCACCGUAUUUACUGACUCCUGUUCAUGUGCUACAUGAGUUGUUGAUAUGACCUUAUUUCUUGUAUUGAAUUGAACAAACUGUAGUUUUUUUUUUCAAAUUGAGGUAGAGUCCAUGUUCAGAGAACCUCUAAAUAUUUUUUUUUGUAAAACAUUGUCAAUCUCUUCUGUUGCUUUCUCUCCAAUAAUAUUUAUUAUAACACUUGUGUUGUCUGCAAAAAGUACCAAUUCUGCUUGUUGAAUGUUAAGUGAUAUGCCAUUCACAGCUAGUUUAAAUAACUGUGCAGUUCAUCUGUACAGAGCCAGUUAUAUCUUACGUAGUUUCUGCCAAGGUGUUUAUUAAAAGCCCAUUAGGUAGUUACAGAAAACACAAGUCUGAAUAGUUAACAGCAAGUAUAUAUGGAAAUCAUAGUAACUAACAUCCAUUUCUACAGUAUUAGAAUAUACUUCUUCCCUGGCAGCAUUUACAGGGCAAUUGUCUCUUGUCAUUAUCAGGAUGAUGUGUGUGAAAACUGAUUUAGAAUAAUAAUGUAAUAUUACAGUAACAGAAAGCUUCAGGUGGAAACAAAUAACUGAUAGGACUGGGUAGCAGUGGCCAUGACAGCAAAGCUGGUGAUUACUGUUUAGGUGUGAGUUUUAAACACAUACAUAUAUAGGAAAUCUGGAUAUUGUCAUUAUGAUUAAUAUAAAUAUUGGACAUUAUUAUGAUUUUAAGAAUGUGUCUGAUUAUAUGAACAGAAGAUGGACUUGCUGACAUAAAAGGCACCAAAAUUUGCAUAAGUACCCUGAAAGAUGCAGUCACUGUACUUACUGCUGUCCAGUUGCAGGUAAAAGUAGCUUCAGAGGGGGAGCCACUGGAGAGGUACACACGUGAUGUAAGGACACAUCUGCAGUAUUCAUUUUCCUGCACCACAGGCACAAAACCAGUAGCUCGAGGAGGGGUGUAUAAAUACUGGAAGACUUGUAUAGCAUACAUCCCAAAUUAAGUGGGAGUGAUGGAAUCAUCUGUUUGCAGUAGAAAAAUGCUGAAAAUACAUACUUCUAGUUCCUACCUUUCAGAAUAUAAUUACAGAAACUGACUGGUGUGUAGCUGCUGACCACUCUAUUGUAGCUUCCUACCAUCAGCAAUCGUUUUCUAAUCAAAUAAAGAGGUACCAUGUGUGUCUGUUUCUAUUACAUUUCCUUCGUCCCUUUUUUGUUACUUCUCAUUGUGUGCUUUAUUAUCUUUCUGUUUAUGUUUUCUGCUUAAGAAAAUUCUCACAUUCCUUCACACGUCCAGCUGUCCAAAUGCUAGUGAUGGGAACAGUCAAAUCCUCAGUGUUUCUGAGCCCCUUUGCUGCAGUAAGUUGUUGAUUCUAUUAUGUGGCCCCUUGUUUUUUCCCAUGGACUAGACUCCUCUGUUGUUUGUUUGUGUAGUUGGAAUUUUUAAGGUGUAACUGAUUCUUCAGUUUAACACUGCUGUGAAUUCCAGGGUGAUGUGAAUUUCAGGAUGAUGUACUCAGUCUUUCACGCAUUGUCAUUAUACAUGCCAACAUUUGUAUGUUCCAAUUAUGCUUUCCCAGGAAGUGCAUUUCUUCAACACUCUUCUCUCUUUCCUGAAGUAGUCCAUUGUAGUUAAAUAUGUUUUAGAAAUGAAUAUGGGCUGUAAUGUAUAUGUUUAAAAACUGGAUCUAUCUAAGUACAUAACUGUAAACUUGGUCUUUAAUUGCAAGGUGAUAAUCAAAUUGAAUGUGCAAAAAUGAAUUUUUAAUGUCAUCCUUAUAAUAGAUCACAAAUUUCCAGGUGUGGCUCAAAAGAUGAUUUUUUACAUGUGCAGAUAUUCUACCUGAGAUACGUGAUUACUGUAGUUUAUCAUUUCAAUUUUUGCUGCAUCAGAAUUGGAAUUAUUAUUACAUUCCCAGACAUUGACAUUAUUGUCUGAAGGUGUGAAUUUUACAUUAUGUAUCUGAAAGUGUUCUGUCCUUUUCUGCUACCGUAUUUUUCUAUUUUUAGGACUUAAUACUCAUGUAAUUUAGUAGUCAUGAUCUGAAAUAAUUGUGGAUGACAAAAUUUUUUUGUCCUUUAAUGAGGCGCGCUUCAUGGAUUUUGUUUCUCUGAUGGUGUUUUGAUUUUGUAUUUUGUUUAAGUAUUCUUGUGUUAUCUGUAGGGAAUAAUGAUAUCUUGAUUCUAUGUAAGAAUUUUGUCUUUUUUAAGGAAAAAAUGUGUAAUGAUCUAAGACAUAGACAAUAGGGAAAAGAUCUCCUGACUUCACUUACAGGAGAAGAGCAGUAAUCUCAAAUAGUUCAGAACAUAGUAUUGCAAAUGUACCAAGGCAUCUUGUAAAUUGUUAUUUAAGAAGUAAAUUACAGAACAUUAACUUCAGCUAUUAUUGAAAAUCAAAUAUUUUCACAAGCACUGAUAUUUCUGAAGUUCUGUUUGUAAAAUACAAGCACUGAAGCUUGUUUGGUAGAUGUUUUUGUACUGGUUUGUUUUAUAGCUGUGAUAUCUUUUAUGUGAUGUGUCAAUAGUGACACAUUUUUCUUUUGCGCAUAUAUGUUGGAUACUAACGGACUACAGAAAAUGAUUAUUUUGUUUUUCUUUAUUUCUUUGGCACCUAUGUGCAAUAUUGUAUAAGAGAGAAGCCUAUAUUUUUGUACGUAAUGAUAUGGAUACAUCAUUCACCUCUGUUAUAAUGAGGGUAUGGCAUAUUUUAUUGUUAUGUUACUACUGUAGUAAGAGGUUUUGUUGUUAUAGACUGAUGUAACAAAUUUUUAUUGGGAAAUGUGUGACAAGUAUUAUAUGAAUGAAUUUGGAUAAAGACACCAGUAUUAUUUGUUUCA